AUUCAAUAAUGAUAACAGUGCCCAUAUACAAGUUGCUCCAUUUUCUCGUACACUAUACACAACACAAUUAUUCUGCGUCUUCAAUUCUAUCAAAACAAAAUCGAUUGGCCUAAUCGGUUUCCUUUUCUCCAUAAUCCAUAAUGAUUUCUGAACGAGCACCACUACUUGAAAAUGGAGUUCCUCACAUUUAUAAUACAGACGAAGGUAGAAAAACCACAGUCACCUAUGAUAACUUUCAUUGCCACGAUGAAGCUGACUCAACAGAUUCACAUGAUAGCAAUCGGAGAGCAACGCGAAUUUUAUGGCUCACCGUCGUGCUCUGCCUAUUUUUUAUGGUUUGCGAAGUUAUUGGUGGUGUUCUCGCGGGCUCACUCGCAAUUGUCACAGAUGCCGCACACUUGCUCACUGAUUUUGCGUCAGUGCUCAUUUCGCUGUUUUCUCUGUACAUUGCAAGACGGCCACCAUCGCAAAAAAUGAGCUUUGGGUUUCAUAGAGCCGAAGUUUUGGGAGCAUUUUUCUCAGUUUUCCUUAUUUGGAUAGUCACUGGAGUAUUAGUUGUUCUCGCAAUUAUGAGAAUUGUCAGCGGAGAUUAUGAAGUAGAAGGAGGAAUUAUGGCUUUGACAGCCGCUCUUGGAGUGGUUGUAAACUUGGUCAUGCUUGCAUUGUUGUACUUUGGUGGUCAUUCACAUUCUCACGGAGGCGGAAGCUCUCAUGGUCACUCUCAUGGUGGUGGCAACGGCGAUAACAUCAACGUCCGAGCAGCUUUUAUUCACGUUCUGGGAGACCUUUUACAAAGUUUGGGCGUUCUUGUUGCUGCCCUUUUUAUCUAUUUCCAGCCGUCUUGGGUUAUUAUUGAUCCAAUUUGUACACUUGUUUUCUCGGUUAUUGUGCUAUGCACCACUAUCUACAUAUUGAGAGAUGCUAUGAUUGUUUUAUUGGAAGGUAGACCUAGCAACAUUGACUUUGCGAAAGUAUUUUCGUCCCUUGAAGAUAUAGAAGGUGUUAAAAAGGUUCAUGACUUGAGAAUUUGGAGUUUGACGAUGGACAAGAUUGCACUCUCCGUACACUUGGAAAUUGACGCCAAUAGUCAAUCUCAGUCAAUUCUACGCGAAACUCGAAAAAUGUUGAAACAAACGUAUAAUGUACAUGAGAUUACAAUUCAAAUUGAGGAGUUUGGAGCAAAUAGGUCGGAUUGCGGAAAGUGCGAUUUCCCAACAAAAUAAGGAGGGUUAUGUGAUUACAUUUUAUUAUUGAAUGAGAUUUUUGAAUUUUAUUUAUGUAUUUGUUGUCAAUUUUUGUUUGAAAAAAAAAUGUUUCGACUCCCUGAUAAAACCAAUAACAGCACAAAAGAU